UCAUGCUGCUGCCAGGUCCAGAGUCUCUCAUGGGUCCCUGUACGGCCUCCCAUUGCUGCUGUCUCCAUCGCCACACUCUGCCAUGUGCCACUUUCAGGUCUCCUCACACUGCUGGUGUGUUCCAUUUUUUGUCAUAGGGUGCUGGCAGAUUACGGGCCUCCCAUAGCUGCUGCCAGGCCCCUAAUCUGCCAUGGGCCCCUGUACCGCCUCCUCAUGCUGCUGCCAGGUCCAGAGUCUCUCAUGGGUCCCUGUACGGCCUCCCAUUGCUGCUGUCUCCAUCGCCACACUCUGCCAUGUGCCACUUUCAGGUCUCCUCACACACUGCUGGUGUGUUCAAUUUUUUGU